UAAAAUCAUUGUAAUGAUAUAUUCGCGCAACCCACACCAUAGGCAUUCCAGUUGGACUUGGGACCUUUCACCUUUCGGCGAAAGAGAAACACAAUCCUGAAUAAAUACGAGAAAUCGGUAAAAUCCGACGCUCGUGCGCAUAUCAGAUCUGUUGUGUUUGAAUUUACUCGCCGGAAAUCUUUGCGCGAGAAGCUAUUGGACGGAAAAUGGAAGAGAAUUUGGUGAAGCGGUUGGAAGUCGCGGUGGCGCGGUUGGAGGCGCUUUCCGCCGGAGGAUCCCGUGGAUUUUCACCGGAGGAUGGUGGAGAUGCGGCGGCGGUGGAUCCGUCGAUUUUGGCGUUCGACGAUCUGAUUUCGCAGUGCGUUAACAGAGUUACGACCGCCGGGGAGAAGAUUGGAGGACGGGUUCUGGAUGUGUCUAAGGUUAUUGCCGAUGCAUUUGCUGUGCAGAAGGAGCUACUUGUGAAAAUCAAGCAAACUCAGAAACCUGAUAAUGCGGGAAUGAUGGAAUUCCUUAAACCGUUGAAUGAGGUGAUGACAAAAGCUUCUGCACUGACAGAGGGUAGGCGACCUGAUUUUUUCCAUCACUUAAAGACUGGUGCCGAUAGUCUGGCUGCUCUUGCUUGGAUCGCAUAUACUGGAAAAGAUUGUGGUAUGAGCAUGCCUAUUGCACAUGUUGAAGAAAGUUGGCAAAUGGCUGAGUUUUACUGUAACAAGGUUCUCGUGGAGUACAGAAACAAAGACGCAAAUCACGUAGAGUGGGCAAAGGCUUUAAAAGAACUCUAUGUACCUGGGUUGAGGGAUUAUGUGAAGGGUCAUUACCCACUGGGCCCUGUAUGGAGUGCCACAGGUAAGAUAGCAUCAGCAUCAGCAUCUGCACCUGCACCUGCACCUGCACCUGCCCCUGCCCCAUUGAAAGCUACCCCCCCAGGUCCAGGUGCACCCGCUCCUCCACCGCCACCACCUGCUUCACUUUUCAGUUCUGAAACAACUCUGCCUUCAUCAUCGCGCCCCAAGGAAGGGAUGUCUGCUAUUUUCCAGGAGAUUAAUUCUGGAAAGCCUGUUACUUCUGGUUUGAGGAAGGUCACGGAUGAUAUGAAAACCAAAAACCGGGCGGACAGAAGUGGCGUUGUUGCAGUUGCUGAGAAGGAAGGUCGAACUGGUUCACCUGCUUUCUCAAAGGUGGGCCCUCCAAAAUUAGAGCUUCAAAUGGGUCGUAAAUGGGUGGUUGAGAAUCAAAUUGGACGAAAUAAUCUAGUAAUUGAUGAUUGUGAUUCUAAACAGUCUGUGUAUAUCUAUGGGUGCAAAAAUUCGGUUCUGCAUAUCAAAGGGAAAGUAAACAAUAUUACAGUUGACAAGUGCACUAAGAUGGGGGUGGUAUUCAAGGAUGUUGUGGCAGCUUGUGAGAUCGUCAAUUCUAGUGGAGUAGAGGUGCAAUGCCAGGGCUCAGCUCCAACAAUUUCAGUAGACAAUACUGCAGGCUGCCAAUUAUACUUGAGCAAAGACGCUUUGGAGACUUCUAUUACGACAGCAAAAUCAAGUGAAAUCAAUGUAUUGGUUCCCGGUUCAGAACCAGAUGGCGAUUGGGGAGAGCAUGCGUUGCCACAGCAGUAUGUCCAUGCAUACAAGGAUGGCCAAUUUGUGACGACUCCAGUGUCUCACUCGGGUGCCUAACUGGAGAGUUUUGACGAUUAUCGGAUUUUCAUCUUGAGCUAUGUUUGCCUUUCUUUAAACUCAUCUUUCAAAAGUUUUCGGGAUUUUUUAUUUUCCAAAAUUUGUUUAUUAUUUGAAAUUAUACCCACUCAAGAUUGAUUUGUUGUGUUUAACAAAAUUGUUGAAUUAUGCUUGCUUGUUGUGUUGGCAGUUUGUUUUUGGAGCUGUAAAGUAAAAGCCUAUUUGCUUCUGUUGUUUUCGGAAAUAUUGAGAACUGAAUUUCAAAUUAGUGUACUAAUCUAUUCUUAAUUGCUUU